AUGUUAGGCGACGUUGUAUACGUUGUUCGGUCGAAUCGGCGUAGUAGUACUUCGCCGACAAUCCCCACAUACGGCUUACAACUCUGGGACUGCCCAAAGAUUGUUGGACGCGCCAGCACAGUGAAAGUGAGCCCGAAGACCGAUUCUGCUCCGACAACGCGUAUCCUCACCCCGCGCAUUGAGGAAGUCGUGGUGUUGGGAGAACAGAUCGACCGUCGUCAGACCCUUAUGGUCCAGGAUAUUCGAAGCGGUAAACCCGUUUCUGAGGUUAUGCAUGACACGCAGUUCGAGGCUAUCCACCAGGAUAGCGUGUCACAGGCGGCGGCGCCAUGCUCCAACCGCAACCCCAAGGAAGCCAGUCCCGAGGACCAAGAGUUAGUAGCGCCAUUCGCCGACUCAGACACUCCGGGGAUCACUGUUGGACCUGCCUUCACCGUUCGUUAUGUACCCGCCAGCAACCCACCAGGAAAUGUGGGUGAUUUCAUCGACGAUGUUGCCAUCGGCGAUAUUGUCGUCCUUGACAAUAGCGGCCGUAUUGAUUGUACUGUUUGGGGCAGCAUCAUGACCCAGUACGCUGGCUUACGGGAUAUCGCUGGAUGCGUUAUCGAUGGGCUGUGCCGCGAUGUGACUCGGGCGAUCAACGAUUACUACUCGAUCUUCACGGCUGGACGUUGGAUGCGGACCGGUAAAGAUUGCGUUCAAGUUGGAGGAGUCGAUGAGCCGAUCGGCAUUGGCAAGGUGCGUGUACAGCCUCGCGACAUCGUUGUCGCCGAUGCAAACGGCGUGGUCAUUGUUCCGCGAGAUCGAGCCCGAGAGGUAGCUCAAGUUGCAAGAAAUAAUGGGAAAAUGAGGAUGGCAUCCGCAAAAUGA